UACGAAAGGGUAGAUUCAUUGCUCCUUUACGAAGGGGAGAUUCCAAAGAGCCCUCUUGUUCAAAAUGAGAAACAAUAUCAUCAAUAUUUAACAAAAUCCUUUCCGAAGAAAAUCAAGAGAAUUCAGAGCGAUGUCAUCAUUGUCAAGCCUUCCUGAAGAGGUUCAGGUAGACAUCUUUCUCAGAUUACCGGAUAAUUCAAUCUUAGCAUGUAGAUGUGUGUGCAAGCCCUUGUGUAAUCUACUUUAUAAACCUAGUUUUAUCAAGAAUCACCUUAAUCUAUCAAUUCAAAGUAACCGUAGAUUCAUGUUAGCUAUCGAUGAUAACAAAGAGAUGUACUCUAUAAAUUAUGAUUCAAGAUCAGCAUCAUCAUCAAGAGUUGUAGGUAAUAGAGCUGUUCAUGUUGGUUACCCAUUUUGGGAUAAGAAUAUUAAAACCCUUGUAGCUGUGGGUUCUUGUAAUGGCUUGAUUUGCUUAGGAAUUUCUAGUGGUAGAAAGAAUAUUGAUGAGAAAAGUUGUAUUUGUGUUUGGAACCCAUCAACUGGUGAAUAUCAGAACAUUGAAAUCCCGGUGAACGACUUCAAUUAUUCGAGUGAAUUAAGCUACUCCGUUAGAUAUGGGUUCGGAUAUGACAGCAACAUAGAUGAUUACAAGUUAGUCAGAAUUUUAGAUAAUGAAAUUGAAGUCUAUACUUUAGGGUCUAAGUCAUGGAAAACUAUUCAAUGCACAGAACGUUACAUCGCAAUUCCUGGUCACAAUAGACGUUUGAAUGUUAAAAGAAGACUCUCCGGUGUUCUUCAUAAUGGAUCCGUUCACUGGUUAGGUGGAACUUCGACUGAAGUUAUAGUCUUUUUUGAUAUUAACAACGAGACAUUCAUGGAUAUUCCCUUUCCUGAAGAAGCUUUGCCACCUCUACCAGGUGACCGAAUUCAUAAAGAUGUGGGUGUGUUUGGAGACUGCCUGUGCGUAGCUGUUGUUGUUGUAGGUUUUAUGACUGAGGUGUGGGUGAUGCAAGAUUAUGGAGUAAGAGAAUCUUGGGUUAAACAGUUUACAAUUAAUGGACCAUCGGUGGAAAUAAUUUGCUUACCACUAAUGCCAAGAUGCUAUCAAUAUUCUUUUUCCAAGCCAACAUGGUCUCUUGAAAAUGGGGAGAUUCUAAUAGAUGAGCACCGGGGUUUGGUAUCAUAUGAUCAAAGUAAUGGGAUAACUAGGCGGGAUUUGUUCGACAGUAUGGCUACGAGCAGGUAUAUAGCAAGCUAUGUGAAAAGCCUAGCCUAUAUGAAGUCAGGUACUUAUAUGGAGAAAAGAACUACCAACGGAGACCAGAAGAAGCGUAAGUGACAAACAUUGAGGUAAACAUGUAUAAGAAUCAUUUUGAGAUCUCAUCACCAGUGAUAAUUGUCGCCAACAAUGGAAAUGCACUCACUGUCGUGAAGGCACAAUAUAAAUCUCUGCAAGAUAGUGUGUGUGACAAUGGUCUAAGAAUCAAGCUUUUGCUUGAAUUAUGAGAUUUUUUAUUUUUUUUCGGAUGUUGGUUGAGGGUGAAUCCGUUUACCUUAAAACAAGGAGGGUGAAUCCGUUUGUUUAUCCGGGUGCAACUGCUUUUAAUAAAUUUUCAUAUGAACUUCUUAUCGCCAGCGGGGCUAAAUUUUUGUGAAUGCCAGAAGAAAUUGUUCGGCCCCAAUAGUGAAUUUCCCUGGCUCCAUCACUCAAAUCAACAUAAAUCAUCGAAAAUAAGGAAGGUGUGAUCUGUUUUUUUUUCCUAGUGAUGCAACUUAUUUUGCUUA